CACGGAGAGACACAGGCGUCGGUGCGAGUAACAAUCGCGGCUGGAAGCCUAGGGAGUUUGGCCGGAGGUGAGAAGAAGACUUGCCUAGGCCCGGCGAAGGCCCUCUCCUUCGCACACCGGAGCGUGUCAGCAGCAAGACCUGGAUAGCAGUGGGCGGAGCCGGCAGGGUGGGGGGGGGGGGAAGGUCGGGUGUUUUUUCUGGACGGGUCUCUCGUGUGGGAAGAAUGGGAGGCGGAAAAGGAGAGGGCCGGCCCCGGGUGGGACCUCAGGGCGGUCGAGAGGCGGGAUUUGGGCCUCUCUGGGCGGAGUCGCCUCCUUCCACGGAGUGGGCUGGGAUGCAGACAGGAGAAGCCGCUUCUUUCUCCCCCCUUCACCUCCCGUCGCCGGUUUCUGUCGGAGGGCUGUUGGUGCGCGCCUCGAGCUCGACGCGGGCCGCCUAAGAAGCGUCCCGAGUGGCUGCCCAGCUGGCGGCGAGACGAGUCCCUUCCCUCGGGCAAACGCCUCCUCCGCACGCUCCCUCUCCCUGCGGUGCGCUCGUUGGCACCGAAGCCACCGGGCUCUCAUGCUGCUGUGCUUGGGGAGGUGCUGUGCUGCCCUGCUGCCUGCUUUGCCCUGGUGAGGCGCUGUGGGAACCGCGCUGCUCUGGAAGAAGAGACGGCGCUUGCUGCUGCUGCUGCUGCUGCUGCUGCUCCCGGUGAAGAGGGAUCAUUUGCGCAGAGUACCUUGGUGGUGCUACCGCCGCUGCCGCCAUGGGACUGCAGCCCUUGGAGUUCAGCGACUGCUACCUGGACAGCCCCUGGUUCCGGGAGAGGAUCCGAGCCCACGAAGCGGAGCUGGAAAAAACCAACAAGUUCAUCAAGGAGCUGCUCAAGGAUGGAAAGAGCCUCAUCGCCGCCACCAAGAACCUUUCAGCUGCCCAAAGAAAGUUUGCCCACUCACUGAGAGACUUCAAAUUUGAGUUUAUUGGUGAUGCAGAAACAGAUGAUGAGCGGUGUAUAGAUGCAUCCCUCCAUGAAUUCUCUAAUUUUCUGAAAAAUUUAGAAGAGCAAAGAGAAAUAAUGGCACUUAGUGUUACUGAAACUCUGAUCAAACCAUUGGAAAGGUUUAGAAAAGAGCAGCUUGGAGCUGUAAAGGAAGAAAAGAAGAAGUUUGAUAAAGAAACAGAAAGGAACUACAGUUUACUCGACAAGCAUUUGAAUAUGUCAGCUAAGAAGAAAGAAACACAGCUAUUAGAGGCAGACAUCCAAGUGGAGCAAAAUCGAAAGCAUUUUUAUGAGCUAUCUCUCGAAUAUGUGUGUAAACUACAAGAAAUACAGGAACGAAAGAAAUUUGAGUUUGUAGAACCUGUCCUGUCAUUUUUUCAAGGCAUGUUCACUUUCUACCAUCAGGGAUAUGAGCUUGCCAAAGACUUUAACCACUACAAAAUGGCACUGCAGAUCAAUAUCCAGAAUACAAGGAAUCGUUUUGAAGGAACAAGGUCAGAAGUGGAAGAGCUCAUGAAUAAAAUCAAGCGAAAUCCUCAGGAACAGAAAAGAGUGAAUCAGUUUGCAAUGGAAGGCUACCUUUAUGUGCAAGAGAAAAGACCUGCUCCAUUUGGUUCCAGCUGGGUGAAACAUUACUGCAUGUACAAAAAGGAGUCGAAGAAGUUUACUAUGAUACCAUUUGAGCACAGAUCAGGAGGGAAAAUUGGUGAGUUGGAAAUCUUCCUCCUUAAGUACUGUACCAAAAGAAAUACCGAUACUAUAGAUAGACGGUUCUGUUUUGACAUGGAAGCAAUAGACAAACCUGGUAUGCCCAUGACCAUGCAAGCAUUAUCAGAAGACAACCAAAAUCUUUGGCUUGAAGUCUUGGAUGGAAAAGAAUCUGUGUUUCUCAAUUUGAACAAAGCUAACACAAAAAGAGAAGGAAGUGCACAGCUGGAUAAGACUGGGUUCACAAUUAUUAGAAAAUGCAUCAGUGCUGUUGAAACAAGAGGUAUAAAUGACCAAGGAUUAUACAGAGUUGUGGGGGUGAGUUCAAAGGUCCAGAGACUUCUGAAUUUGUUGAUGGAUACAAAAACAUGUAAUGAAGUUGACCUGGAAAAUUCCACGGAAUGGGAGGUGAAGACAAUAACUAGUGCAAUGAAACAGUACUUGAGGAGCCUUCCGGAGCCUCUAAUGACACAAGAGUUACAUGGAGAAUUCAUCGUUCCUGCCAAAAGUGGCAGCCCUGAAUCCCGUGUGAAUGCUAUCCACUUUUUGGUCCAUAAACUUCCAGAGAAGAACAAAGAAAUGCUGGAUAUUUUGGUGAAACACUUAGCCAAUGUUUCAAACCAUGCCAAGAAGAAUCUAAUGACUGUGGCAAAUUUAGGAGUAGUAUUUGGACCAACUUUAAUGAGGCCUCAUGAAGAAACUGUGGCUGCCCUCAUGGACCUGAAGUUUCAGAAUAUUGUGGUAGAGAUUCUAAUUGAAAACCAUAAUAAGAUUUUCCAAACUCUGCCUGAUGCCACUUUCUCUGAGCCAAUCUCUGUGUCAGUGUCUCCUCCAAAUGCCCCACCAAGACAAUCACGAAGACAAGGGCAACGUAAUAAGAGGCCUGUUGCUGUAUAUAAUCUCUGUCUUGAGCUGGAUGACAGUGACAGUCUUAGCCCUCCUAAAGAGUGCACACCCACCGGUAGCAUGGAUUCCUUAUCUUCUCAGUCUCCUACAACCGCUACCCCCAGCAGUCCUCCUGAGGCAGAGAAAAAUCAUCUUUUAACUGACAGCGGUGAUGCAGUAGACUGGGCAGCCAGUUCCUCCAGUCAGAUUCAUUCAUCAAUGGUUUCCUGGAUGAAUGUGCAGUUAAGUGCAGCACCUACCUCGGCAACGCCAACACCAUCAUCUUUCUCCUUCCCCUCCUCCUCCCCUGAUAAAGAGACUGACAAAUCAGCUGGAAGUGCUGUCAGCAGGAAAGCAAGAGCAGUAUAUCCAUGUGAAGCAGAGCAUAGCUCUGAAUUGUCUUUUCAAAUUGGGGCAAUUUUUGAAGAUGUGCAUUUUUCACGAGAACCUGGAUGGCUUGAGGGAACUCUGGAUGGGAAGAGAGGACUUAUCCCCCAAAACUAUGUCCAGUUUCUUUAAUUCUUGCAUUGAAUGCCCAGAAAGGUGUACAUGGUAUCCAUGGAUUUUUGAUACAGUUGCUUCUCUUGGCUUCAAAUGCUUUUAAUCGGUGAAGAACCUGACAAUGAGAUGAAGACCUGCAUCUUAUGUAAAGACUUAACAAUUUGCCAAAUAGGAAUUACACAGUGUGAUUCAUAUAAUUUUAUAUUGGGGGAGGGGGGGAAGGACUGACAAUUUUAUAAAUAGUACGUUGUAAAGAAUAAUCUAUAUAAUCAAUAUAUAUAUGAAUGACUUGGUUGAUUCACAUAUCGGCCACCUGUUAAAAGAAGAUUGUAAAAACUGUUUUCUCUGUCCUUGUAUUUUUAAAAUUGAAGUGAUUUGUCGAAACAUUUUCUAGUUUUGAAAAAGCCUGUUUAAAAAAGUCAUUUAUACUGAUAAGUCGACACUAACUGCUUAAACUGGUGUAAUGGUGGUAUCAAUAGGGCUAUUCCAGCAUUAAUUGUGAGGUUCCCCGACCCCCACCCUUUUUUUAAAAUGGAGCAGUUUAACUGGAAUAACCAUUGAUUGAAAGCUACAGAUUGAAAGAAGAAAAUGAAAAAUUUCAAAUGCCCACAGUAUGCAGAUGAAUCCAUAUGAUGUGUGUGACUUCAUUGAUAAUAUAUUUAAAAGUACAUAUAUGAGCCUCUGGGCUCCAUAGAUUUUUCUUUCAGCUGAAUGUAAACACAACUAAAAUAAUCUUAUUUACUGUUCAUGUAAUUAUCAGCUGUACUAUGGGAAGUGUGUUUACAGUUUCUGAUCAUCUGUUGCUUGAAAUUCACUUUUACUUAGACCCAAACUAGAUGUGAUAUGCAGUUGUGUACAUUUUAUUUACCCUUACUCCCUGCAAUACUUAGUUUUUCAACCAAAAGGAACUCCAGAAUUCAGAGGUACACAUGGUGAAUGAAGGGGUAGGUGCUUCACCCUUUCUCCUGCAGCUGUUUGUUGAUCUGAAAUACUCCUUCUCAAUGCUGUUACACCCAGGGGGCACCUCUCUCUUUAUGCCACCAAUGGCAAAGGAGCUGGUGGAGGAGCAGGGGAUUUUGAACAGAAAUCAUUAGAAGGGAAAAUGUUAGGCAACAUUUCUCUUAUUUUUCUCUUCCCCAUUUUUCUUUUUUUAAACUCAUAGUCUCCUGAGACUACUUUGGGUUCUUUUGUGUGUUUGGGAGGGUGGUUUUUGUUGUUGUUGUUUUGAAGUAUGAAAAGCACAUCUCACUGCAUGCCAUCCACAUCUACUUUGGGCCUUCGUUAUUUACAAAACUUUGUGCAUAAUCAGGGAUAAGCUAGUCACUGCUUCUUUCUAGCAGUCCAUCAGAAGAGUGGGAAAGCUUUCAAGCUUAACGUCAUAGUAAUAUGAUGUUGAAAGAAGAGCUUCAUUUUUCUGCCGUAUACUGUUAACCUGUGGUGCAAUUUUUCACAUGUAUUAUCUGCUUGCUAUGACCAGAGACAUAAAAACAGCACUCCUUUUAUAUAUAAAAAGAAGUCUUUAUUCUUAUAAUAGAGAUUGUGGAACAGGAGAACUCUGA